AUGCAACAACCGCGGUUUGAUGGUACUGAUGCGGCUAAUUGGAUUUCACGGGUUCAAUAUUAUUUUGAGCACUUGUUGAUGCCGGAGGACCACAGAUUGCAUUACGUGGUGAUGUUCUUCGAUCCGCCAGCCUCGGAAUGGGUGUUCAACUAUCGCGCAAACAACCCCAACGCACAAUGGAAGGAAUUUUUGGAGGAUAUGCGUCGGCGUUUCGAUCCUCAGUAUUUUCAGAACUUCAUCGGCCUUAUUGCGAAGUUGUGCCAGUCUGGAUCGCUGGCGAAGUACCACACGACGUUUGAAACGAUGCUCAAUCGUGUACGUGGGGUCCCGGAAUAUAUUUUGCUGCCUAUUUAUGUGGAGGGACUUCAACAGCCAGUGAAGAACCAGGUCAAACACCAGAACCCACCCUCCGUGGUGGCAGCUAUGGCAUUGGCAACUGAAUAUGACUCAACGGUGGAUCGGCAGACAGCACCUGCAGGCGGUCAGCGCCGAGCUUGGCAGAACCACGAUCAGCGGCAAUUCACAACCCCGCAGCAGCCACUGGCGUUGCCGGCGCCGCCUCUGAAUCGUCUAGCCCAGUCAAAAGGGCAGGAAUACUCCAAGAUGCCGGUGGUGUGGCUGACCGCAGCGGAGCGUGCGGAGCGCUCUAAGCAAGGGCUUUGUUGGUGGUGCCCGGAGAAGUGGGUUGCGGGCCACUCUUGCCGGGGCAGAUUUCUGGUGUACAUGGGAGCUGAUAUGGACUCGGAUGAGGAGGAUGAUGAUCAGGAGGGGCUGCCAGAGACGCCGGUUAUUUCCGCGGACCUGUCCCACAUUUACACCCUGGAUGGCAGACAAUGGGAGGAGGAUAUUGAGUUGAGGGGUGUGAUUGGAGACUUGCAUGUGCGCAUUCUAGUGGAUACGGGGAGCUCCCACAACUUCUUGCAUCCUAAAGUGGCGGAGAAAUUAGCAUUGCCCCUACAGCAGAUUCGACCGUUUCGCAUUUACGUCGGUAACGGUGCGUCAUUACUUUGUACUCAUGCUUCCAUACAAACUAGGGUGGUGAUUCAAAAGCAUAUUUUUCUGGUUGACUUACACAUUCUUCUCGUGCAUGGUCCUGAGGUGAUAUUGGGGAGGGUUUGGCUUAAACAGAUGCGCAGAGUGACCAGUGAUUAUAUCGACGGAACGUUGGAGUUCCUACGGAAUGGGCGACUCGUCUGCCUCAAGCUCGUUCCGCCUUCAGCAGAGGAGGUGUCGCUGAAAACGUUUGCUUCCCUCCUAACACUGCAGGGUCAAGCGGAGUUGUUUGAGUUGGUGCAGCUUCCGGCAGCAGAGCCCGGGGAAAUGCCGGCAGAUGAGGAGUUGGUAUUUCCGCCGGGACUGCCGGACGAGAUCCGCAGUGUGCUUGAAUACCACAGGGACGUUUUCGGGCUGCCAUCGGGGGUUCCUCCUAUACGGAAAUUCGACCACAAGAUCCACCUGUUGCCAAAUGCGAAGCCGGUCAAUGUGCGGCCCUACAGAUACCCGUACUUCCAGAAGAAUGAGAUCGAGAAGCAGGUGAAAGACAUGUUGGAGUCAGGAAUCAUUCGACCGAGUCAGAGUCCGUUCUCUUCGCCGGUGCUCCUUAUCAGAAAGAAUGAUGGCUCUUUCCGUUUUUGCAUUGACUACAGAGCCCUGAAUGCGGUCACAGUCCCUAAUCAUUUCCCGAUCCCGACGUUUUUGCAUUGA